GCCACCGACGCGACGUCCAGACCGGUCCGUGCUGUGACUCUCAGUUGUACUUGUGCGCUUUUUGAGUGUCGGUCACGUGCGGGAUUUCGCUUAAACGUUUGAUUUUUAUUUGAUUUCACUUCGUAUUUUUCUGUUAUUGUUUGUACGAAACAUUAGAAACAAAACAUUGGCACCUAUUCUGUAGAGGCUCGUCGUUCGUAUUUAUAAUAUUAAAAUAAAUUAUAAAUAUUUAGUGCUCGAGAUACUUUGCGGUCUUCGCGACUUAGACUUAGGUGGAUUUAAUACCACUUGAAUAUUAUUUAUUUUUUGUCGUCGUCAAAAUGUUGUUAAUUUUGAAUUGCGCUCCGAUGUCGUAUCAAUCACCGACCACGGUAUCAACGAUUUAAAAAACUAGAGGAAAAUCGUCCAUCGCAGUGCUCAAGACGUCACACUCGCCUCACUACCACUUACCAACCGGCUCGACCGACAAAUGAAUUAUUGUUGAUCGAUCGUCAUAGAAAACACACACUUAAACGAAGAACAAUGUUUUUGGAAAACGAACACCAGCCAAUUAUUAGCCAUUCAUCGUACGAUCUCGCACGUCCGCUUGAACACCAUCACCAUCAUCACCUCAACCAUCACGCUGCGUCCAAUCACCUCCAGUCAGGCACUGAUCACUURCAAGAAGAUUCAGAAGGCCGGAGUACGGCCAGCUCGCCGACGUCCAGUUACCGCGACUUGUCCGGGUGCGAAGACUUUGACCUGAAAAUCCCUAAACCGUCUGGUCCGGGGUCCGGUACUGGUGGGCACAACAAUAACAACAACCACAAUAACAACAACAAGGAACAAAAACCGAAAAAGCACAAGUGCAAACACUGUGGGCUGGAGUGCACGGAAAAGGUGCAGUACUGGAAGCACAUUCGCACUCACAUCAAACCUGAACAGUUGCUGGAGUGCCCGAACUGCGAGUUCGCCACCGACCUAAAACACCACUACGAAUACCACCUGCUAAACCACACGGGCGCCAAGCCGUUCACGUGCCCGGACUGCGACUACAAGUGCGUGAGCAAGUCGAUGCUUCAAUCGCAUCUCAAGUCGCAUUCGAACGUGUUCCAGUUUCAGUGUUACGACUGUGGGUACGCAUCCAAGUACAUGCACAGUCUCAAGCAGCACCUGAAGAAGCGCGACCACCGGCCGGCCACGCCGCUCAACCCAGACGGCACACCGAACCCGGACAUCGUCAUCGACGUGGUGGGCAACCGGCGGGGGCCGCGGCAGAACAAGAAACAAAACCGGCACAACCCGUACCAGCAACAGCACCAGCAGCAACAACCCAAGCAGUCUAUGACCGUGUGUUCGUCGCAGGACGACGGCGGCAGCAGCAGCGGUGGACACCCGUCACCUUACUCGAUGCAACAGCUGUUGCAGAUGCCCUCGUCCGGAUGCGCCCAAGUCACUUACCCGACAUCGGCCGAGUCGUUCAUGUAUUCAAUGAUCACCAAGCGCUCCAUGGAGAUGGUUGACUACCAGGCCGCCGAAUACCUGGCCAUCAAGAACAACAACAACAAUAAUAACAACUCCUCGUCGGUCGACGAUAAGAUGGACGUGCAACAGUACCACAACCAACAACAACACAACAAUCAUUACCAUAAACGCGGGCAUCAAUACCACUCUGAUGACGUGCUCAAAGUGGAAUUGGCUGGACGCAGUGGUAGCGGCGGUGACCGGACGCCCGAACCACAGGUACCGGUAUUGGCAGUCGCAGAUCCUUCACCCCCGCCCGUCGUCUUGGCCAUCGAGUCGGGGCCGUUGAACUUGAGCAGAGACUCUGUGGCUCCACGCGCCGCGGGCAGCAGCCGGCGCAAGGGGAUCGCGUGCAAACUAGAGCGUCCGGCCACCGAACCGCAGUCCAAGUCGGUGCCGGUGGUGGUUGUUCCGGAUUCACCUGCGGUACCUAUGGACUGUAGCAGUGAGUCAAGAGGAGGAACGGCGGAGGACACAUCGAUUCCGGUUAAGGUUGAAUUUCAACCGUAUCAUCACCACCACUACCAUCAGCAGCAGACGUCGUCGUCGUCUUCGACGCCCGAAAAAGAAGACAAGGAAGACGAGACGCACGUGUGCCACCAUUGCGAYAUAAUAUUCAAGGAGAACAUCAUGUACUCGAUGCACAUGGGUUUCCAYAGUUUCAGGGACCCCUUCGCGUGCAACCUAUGCGGCGAGAUAACGGCAGAUAAGUUUUCAUUUUUCGCUCACAUAGCGCGCGUUCCGCACAGUUAAGCUGCAAUGAGGAGUUGCAUCGCCGCUGCAGUUAAGAUACGAAAUAAUAGAGUACAAAUUUUAAAACAAUAAUUGACCCUUAAGGUAUGUAAUAUAGGAUUUAUCGUAAGAAAAAAAGAAAACAGAUUAAGAAUAUAAAGUAAUGGUUACAUAGGUACUAUAUUAUUAUACACCUCCUUCUUAUUAAUAACUAUAAUUUCCCCUCCCCUAAUUGUGCAGUCGCGCCAGACACACACGUACAAAUCAAAAUGGUUUUUGGCUCCUCAGAACUAAAAACAAUUUUGAUUUGUAUACGUGACCGGUGUUUUCGAUCGGUUCCGGUUCUUAAACGUUGACUUUUUAACUCGUCAACGUUUAAGAGUCUGUUACCGAUUUUUCAU